AUGGUGCAGUCUGACGAGUACAUCCUCGAUGACGACAACCGAGCAGACGACCUGUCAGGCUCCCUUGAGCUAGAGCUCUUCUUCCAUGGCAGAGACGUCCCUUCCUCCUGGAGCCCUCAUCCACCCAAGACUGUGCAGGCUGUCAUCACGGUCAAAGGCAGCCUCAAGCUCAAGAACGCCAAGGAGGGGCAGAGGAGAGCGGUGCUCGUUGAAGGAGGGGGAGGACUGCUGCUGGGAAACAUCGUGGAGGCCGCGAGGAAGGCGAGGGUAGCGGGUAAGACUAGCUGA